GCUGUCUCGCUCGCUCAUCUCCUGAGCCCGGCGCUGAUGCCAAGAACCCUAGCGGCGACGACGAAGAGCCGCCACCGCCACUCCUUCCAUUGAGUCGGGAGAAAGGGCGGCGGAAGGAGCACGUGCCUCAUAUCCGGCGUCGAGGCGUCGGAAUCAGUGCUGUUGGUGUUGGAGGUUGAAUGGCGUAUAAGGCGGAGGACGACUACGACUACCUCUUCAAGGUGGUGCUGAUCGGGGACUCCGGCGUCGGGAAAUCGAACCUCCUCUCGCGGUUCACCAGGAACGAGUUCAGCCUCGAGUCCAAGUCCACCAUUGGCGUCGAGUUCGCCACACGAACUAUUCGCGUCGAUGAGAAGGUCGUCAAGGCCCAGAUUUGGGACACAGCCGGCCAGGAGAGAUACCGGGCAAUCACAAGUGCAUAUUAUCGAGGAGCAGUUGGUGCACUGGUUGUGUAUGAUAUAACUCGUCAUGUAACAUUCGAGAGCGUAGAAAGAUGGUUGAAGGAGCUUAGGGAGCAUACUGAUUCCAGCACCAUAAUCAUGCUCGUUGGGAACAAGGCAGAUUUGCGCCAUCUUAGGGCAGUUAGCACUGAGGAUGCAAAGGAUUUUGCUGAGAGGGAAAACUCCUUCUUCAUGGAGACAUCUGCUCUGGAGUCGAUGAAUGUGGAGAAUGCCUUCAGCGAAGUGCUUACCCAGAUACAUCAUGUGGUGUGCAAGAAGGCACUUGAAGCUGGUAAUGAUCCUGCAUCUCUGCCAAAGGGGCAGACGAUCAAUAUUGGCUCCAAGGAUGAUGUAUCUGCUGUCAAGAAAGCUGGUUGCUGCUCGGCCUAGGUUCGGAGGUGACGUCAACGUUUUGAUAACCGAAGGAAUCGCUAAAGGUCAUGGCAUGGUUUCUUACCUGCAUCUAUCUAUGAUAAUGUUAUUAAUAUGACACCAGUGAAGAUGUCGUACCAUAGUAUGACAUUUGUUGAGGAUUUUGGUAUGUGAUCUAAGAUGGUUCAAGAUUAGGAUUUUGAAUUUGCACUGUCAUUUUGUUGCAGUAAAAACCAUUUUGUUUCAUAAAGGAUCCAUUGCUUA